ACACACACACACACGCACACACACCAACACACACACUGCUGUCGUGCCUGCUUCUACCUCAGAAGCUGCAGGAAAAACACACCUGCAGUGAAAAUGUUGAGGAAAUCUCUGGUGAGCCUCGGACUGCGGGUGAACAGGCAGCAGCACGCCGGGAUUCAGACGGCUAAAGCCGGCCUGAAUGCGGGGAAUCAUGCAGGCAUCCACCGCCGUGACGCAGCCACCACCACCACCGUGAUAAAUGACUCCGUGAAACAGAAAACCAUGGAUGAUUUAGGCGGACCGAGUUUGAUGUCCACUUUAAACUGGCUUUUCGUAAAGGGCUAUUUCAAAAAGGCGCAACAAAUGCAGAUUGAGCACAGGAAGAUCUACGGCCCUCUGUGGAAGUCAACGUUCGGGCCUCUGGUCGUAGUGAACGUGGCGACCGCUGAGCUGAUCGAGCAGGUCCUGAGGCAGGAGGGGAGGCACCCGGUCCGCACAGACAUGCCCCACUGGAGGAGAUACAGGGAGGUCAGGAACCAUGCUUACGGACCCCUGACUGAAAUGGGGGCCAAUUGGCAGCGCAUCCGCAGCAUCCUGAACCCUCGGAUGUUGAAGCCCAAACACGUCUCCUCCUACACGAACACCGUCAACGACGUGGUGACGGACUUCAUCCACAGAGUGGCCUGGCUCAGGGAUACAAACGGAGGCGGAGUGAUGGUCAACGACCUGACGGAGGAACUCUACAAAUUUGCUUUUGAAGGUAUCUGUUCAGUGUUGUUUGAGACUCGUAUGGGCUGCUUGAACGAGGAGGUGCCGGAGGAAACACAGAAGUUCAUCGUCUCCGUGGGUGAAAUGUUUCGUCUCUCCAACAUCAUCAUCCUCUUCCCAAAGAGAAUCUGGCCCUACAUCCCCUUCUGGAAACAGUUUGCAGCCGCCUGGGAUCACCUCUUCAAAAUCUCGGAGGAGAUGGUGCAGAAGAAGAUGGCGCAGAUCCAGCAGCAGGUGCACCUGAAGCAGCAGGUGGAGGGAGCGUACCUCACACACCUGCUGCUCAGCGACCAGAUGACCGUCACAGAGAUCCUGGGCAGCAUCACCGAGCUGCUGCUGGCAGGAGUCGACACAACCUCCAACACUAUCGCGUGGUCUCUGUACCAGUUGGCAAAGAUACCAGAGAUCCAGGAGCAGCUUUACCAGGAAGUGAUCCGUGUGUGUCCCGGGGACAAGGUGCCCACCAGCGAAGACAUCGCUCACAUGCCGUACCUGAAGGCUAUCAUCAGAGAGACGCUACGGUUGUAUCCGGUGGUUCCAGGAAACGCCCGACUCAAUGUUGAAAAUGAGAUUGUGGUCGGAGAUCAUCUGUUCCCCAAAAACACGCUGUUCCACCUGUGCCACUACGCUGUGUCCUACGAUGAGAGCUUUUUCCCCGACGCUCACUCCUUCCUGCCCGACCGCUGGCUGAGAGGAUCCGAUGAGAGGACCAAGCAGCAUCCGUUCGGGUCGGUGCCGUUCGGCUUCGGGAUCCGGGCGUGUCUGGGCCGACGGGUGGCCGAGCUGGAGAUGUACCUGCUGCUCUCCAGGGUAAAAGCCUCUCUUUAA